GCAGCGUCGAUCAUCUGCCCCCCUUCCCCUUCCCUCGCGUUGUACGUACGAUGUACGUGUCCCCGGGACGACUGUUCCUGAUUACACACCGGUCUGGAGACGGGACGUUUCUUGUUCCGCUUCCCCCCCAUCGUUUGCCUUUCGUUUCGUUUCCUUUGCUUUCCUGUGCUAUGCUAUGUUAUGCUUUGCCCUGCUUUGAUUUCCUUUCCGAUCCUAUCCCCUCGUCUCUCCCCCCGAGUUCCAACCUAAGCAAGUCAAGCUUCUCGGAGAGGGCGAGAAGUCUUCAAAGGGGGAGGGUUGACCAACAGUCCGCACCUGUGUAUCAAGUAAGAAAAGUCAAGUCCAGGCCGGCCAUCUUCGCUGCAGCCGUAAACCGUAUUGUCCUUGCAAACGGCAGGGGGGGUUUCAAGGGACAUAAGCAUAAAAAAAAAAAAAAAAAAAACGCCCGCCGCACAUGCCCGCUGUAUCGUGUGUUUGAAGAGUGUAGUAAUAAUGUAACGGUCUCACAUAUAUACGCGCGCGCGGUGGGGAGGGAGGGCGUUUUGUUUAGAUGGAGAACGGCCGAGUACAGCCAAGUUUCCCCCCCCCUCGUCUGUUUUAUGACUUGGGUUGGGAUGUAGACGUUGCCAAGAAACAUAGGUUACAACGAAAAGCCAGAGAGAGAGGACCCUCACGACUCGACGUUCGCCUUGGGACUGUCACAAC